AUGGUUUUUGGAGGAUAUGUAUUGACUGUCGAGCUAUCAACAAGAUUACGUGCAAAAGGUAUUGAGGUGAAUGAAGAGAAGGUGAAAGCUAUCCGUGACUGGCCGAUUCCUACAUUUGUUACUAAGGAAAGACGUCCUAUUGCAUAUUUUAGUGAAAAGCUGAAUUGUGCAGCAUUAAACUACUCAACGUAUGACAAAGAGCUUUAUGCCUUGUAUAAGAAAGGUAAGGUAAAUGUAGUUGCUGAUGCAUUGUCACGCAGGUAUACUCUUAUCUCUACUCUUAAUGCUAAAUUGUUAGGUUUUGAGCAUGUGAAAGACUUGUAUGCUAAGGAUUCCGAUUUUGCUGUUGUUUAUGAUGCAUGUGAGAAAACUACUUUUCAAAAGUUUAAUAGGCAUGAUGGGUUUUUAUUUCGUGCGAAUAAAUUAUGUGUGCCUAAUUGCUCUAUGAGGGAGUUACUUGUGCGUAAGUCACAUAGUGGUGGUCUCAUGGGACAUUUUGGGGUUACUAAGACUUUGGAUACAUUGAGAGAAUACUUCUUUUGA